AAAAGACAAGGUUUUAGCAGGGUUUUGUUCCGCCAUCAAAUUGACCUUCCGCAGCAUUGCAUUGGCAAUGGUUCAAUCAAACAAGAAGUUGAAACAAAAACUAAGAGAAGCUAAAUCUGAAUUGUUAUUAGCUGCUUCUGAGGUCAAACUCAAUUCAAAAUCUCAAGAAUCCCUCAAAUCUCUUCUUACUUCAGUGACCCAAAAACCCAGAUUAUCCAAAAGGGAUAAACGUAGAGAAAAGGCUCUUACUUUGCAAGAUGGCCAGAAAGAUAAAGAAGAGGUUGUGGCUAUGAGUGAACAGAUUAAAGGAAAAGAUAAGAAAAGGAAGAGAGAUGAAACUGAGGGGUUAGAGAAAAAGAAGGAUACUGGGGAGUUGAAGCAAGAGAAAAAGCCUAUUAAGAAGAAGAAGAAGAACAAGAAGAAAGGGAAGAAACAGAAGGUAGAAGAUGGUGAAGUUACGAACAGUGUGAAUGUUGGGGAUGCAGGAAAUGGACAAGAAGAAGAAGCACAAGAGCCUAGUAAAACUGAGGAGAGGAAUAUGCCUGUUUGUUCCAGGGAAGAAAGUGGUGAUAUGUCUAAAAAGGUUUAUGUCGGAGGAAUUCCUUAUUAUUCCACUGAGGAUGAUAUUAGAAGUUACUUUGAAGGCUGUGGCACCAUUACAGAGGUUGAUUGUAUGAAUUUCGCUGACAGUGGAAAGUUCAGAGGAAUUGCCAUUAUCACUCUUAAGACUGAAGCAGCCGCUCAGAGAGCUAUGGCACUGGAUGGUUCGGAUAUGGGUGGACUAUUCCUGAAAAUCCAGUCAUACAAGUCAGAUAGAGCUAACAAAGUGUCCAACUUCUCACCAAACAUGGUGGCGGGGUAUAAUAGGAUAUAUGUGGGUAACUUAUCAUGGAAUGUAACAGAGGAUGACUUGAAGAAACUUUUUUCAGAUUGCAGCAUAAGUUCUAUUCGAUUCGGUGAAGAUAAAGAAACAGGAGAAUUUCGGGGUUAUGCACAUGUGGAUUUUGCUGAUAGUCUCUCUGUAAACAUGGCAUUAAAGUUGGAUCAAAAGAUUGUAUGUGGUAGACCUGUUAGAAUAAGUUGUGCUGUUGCAAAGGAAGGAGCUGUAAAGAAAGGAGGGGCAACCAAUUCAAGACCUACGCCGGAAGAUCAAAAUGUGGAUAGCGUUGCAACAAGCACUGUUAGCGCAAAGAUAAGGAGGCGAACAUGUUACGAAUGUGGAGAGCGUGGCCACCUUUCAUCUUCUUGUCCAAAGAAACAAGAAACUGAUCAGACAGAACAAGUUGCUACUUGAUUUUGGUAGGAGACUUACAUAUUCACAAAUUCUGAUCUGAGCUGUGCUCAUCGAAAAUUUGGUGUUGAUUUUUUAUCCACUUGGACAACAUUUUUAGAAGUCCGUUAUUUGCUCCUUUCCUAGUGGUCGAGUGUUAUUUCUAGAAGGAUUCAGCUGAUGUUGUGUAGUGUGAGCUUAACAAGUACUUCCAAUGUUCUUUCAAUUUUGUCUGCAGCAAAGCAGAAAAUAGGAACAUGUGAUAGAUUACUUGUACGAGAAUCAUGAGAAUACCAAUUAUUACACUGCGGUCCUGCUCAUUUGCAUCCA